UGUGCGCUCCCAUUCAUUUCCUGAGAACUGCCUGAGCCGAGCAGCUGAGAGGCAGAAGGGGAGGGAGCUGCUCACUCACAUACACUCACACUCACUCACUUACACACACAUUGUCACACACACACACACACACACACACACACACACACAUACAUACACGCAGAGUGAGAAGAGGAGAGGAGAGGGAGAGGAGGAGAGGAGACAGAGAGGAUUGUAGAAAGGAAAACAGUCUCCACGGCUCUGCAGCUUCUGACAAGGCAGCCUAAGAAACAGGAUGUUAAUGCUUGACGGAAUGCCUGCAGUCCGAGUCAAAGCUGAGCCCCUGGAAUCGGAACAAGGGUCACCUAAAGUGCGCCCUUAUUCUGCAAUGGACGGUGUCCCCUUCUUCCUCAGCAGAGUUAAACCUGAACCUCCAGAAGACCUGCUCGCUCACGACCUGCACUUCCACACACAGACCGAGCCCGUCGACCUGUCAAUCAACAAACCCCGCCCCUCCUCUUCAUCCACCACCCCCACCACCACCUCAUCAUCCUCCCCUCUCAGAUCCGCUUUCUCCCCGUCUUCUUUAUCGUCGUCAUCCUCCUCCUCCUCCUCUCCAUCGGUUAUCACCUCAGCCUCAUCGGUGCUCACGCCAGGCCCUCUGGUUGCCCCCGGAACCGGGGUGAGAGGUCAGCCGUAUUUGCACAUCCUGCACUCUGUGCCACCGCCUCCAUCCAGCCCUCUGAGCCUGCAGGGAGCGGGGAAGCUGGCCAGCCAUGUUCACCGCAUCCCAGUUGUGGUACAGUCACUGCCUCUCAUGUACACCACUGCCGUUCGAUCACCCUCCAGCCUCAACAACGCCAUCAUGCUACCUCUGCUGGAUGAGGUCAAAAGCCAGGGCAAAGCACACACAGACCCCAACGGCCUGUCGCCAAGGCAGAUCAAGAGUGACAGCGAUGACGACGACCUGCCAAACGUGACCUUGGAUAGCGUUAAUGAGACCGGCUCCACUGCGCUGUCUAUAGCCCGCGCCGUACAAGAUUCCAUGUCCCCGUUCAGCAUCGACAGCAUACGGCGCCCCCGGAGGUCAGAGUCACCAGAUUCCAAAAAGAGAAGAAUCCACAGAUGUGACUUUGAGGGCUGCAAUAAGGUGUACACCAAAAGCUCCCAUUUAAAAGCACACCGGAGGACGCAUACAGGGGAAAAGCCAUACAAAUGCACCUGGGACGGCUGCACGUGGAAGUUCGCCCGCUCCGACGAGCUGACGAGGCAUUACAGAAAACACACGGGGGUGAAGCCCUUCAAGUGUGCAGACUGUGACCGCAGCUUCUCCAGAUCUGACCACUUGGCCCUGCACCGACGGAGACACAUGCUGGUGUGAAUCAGACGGAGAGAAUAGAGAUACAGAGAGAACGAGAGAGAGAGUGAUCAAUGAAACAAGACACACACAAACACAGGCAGCCGGGGGAGCGGGAUCUCCCUGUGAAUGUUUUUCAGCUGGCCUGGACGCAAACACACACACACACACACACACACACACAGACGCACUCACACACACACGUGCACACACACACACACACACACACACACACACACACACACACACACUCUCAUCCAUCACAAGGAGAGAAGAUGAAGAGGAGCACAAACAGGGUCACUUCUGGAUCCUCUUUGGGCUGGAAGGAAAAGACGGCAGGAUCUGUUAUUGUCAUUGUUUGGAGUCUAAUAGGGAACUGUCUUUUACAGCACUGUUUGUAAAUGUUUCACUUUGAUUUUUAAAGAUGAACUCGCACUCUUUAUUUGGACAAAAAAAAUAUAUAUAAUGCAAUCGCAACAGUCUCUUUUUUUGGUAUCUUUCUUUUCAUUAUUGUUCAAAUGGCUGCUUUUCCAGCACUCAUAAUGUGAAAGACCCCAUUGUGUGGAAUGGAUUUCCUGUGGGAGCAGACACAAGUUAGGAGCUGAACUCAAUCACAGGAAUGCACUUGGGCCUAGUUGGAGUUACAGGCAGUAUUGUUGCGCCGUGGCUCCCUGUGAGUCCGAUUUGUGACCAGCAGAGGACGCCGUUUCACCACGGAUGGAUUCCUCUGCCUGCUGGAGCCUGCUGUUAAAUCCGAGGCAUACCGCGUAGAAGUCGAACGAGGACUGGACUUUCACCUGUCUCACAGCCAGCAAACGGUAAAUAACAAACAGCCACAAGUUGAAUGGAUCAACCUCAUCAACACUGACAGAUAUUCAAUGGAAACUGGACAUACAUAUCAUCACACCAGCAAAUAAAAACACACCGUUUAUGACCCGCUCACAGGGCCGGACAACCCCAGAUCUCAUCAGUGCUAUUCUUUAUGUUGAGCCUCUUGAAAGCAUUUCUUUAAAAAAAAAAAUCUUUGGUGGAAUUUGUGCUGUGAUUAGCAAUCAGUAAAGUGCAAUCUUAAAG